AGCGACUUGCGUCGCGCCUAUUUUAUCUAGUACGCGCUCGUCUCUCGGAACUGGUAUUCUGUAGUCGGUUCUUUGCUCUCGUGUUGAUUGAAUAUCAAACGACCCGAGUCUGUCUCUUCGCCCGCCAGCCAUGGUUAACACGGACGAUGCUGUGUUCGUCGUGUUUUGCGGUCCAAUCACCGCUGAGGAAAUGGAAGUCAGGAGGAAGCUCGGCCUAUUUAAAAACCCCGACAGAGACAUCGAUGAUAAUCUGGAUUUUGAUUGGUUCCAAGAAAGUUCAGCUAAUUUGAAGGGUCAUAAUUUGACCGAGGGAACCAUUGGAAGAAGGAAAAGAACAUCAAAAAAUUCACCUCUGAGAAGUGCUAAGUCUAAUUUAAACUCAAGUUAUCAGCAAAAUUUGUUUUCCUCACCGUCUAGUAUUUAUUCUCCUUCAGAUGCAACAUUCUCAGACAUAAGUAUUCAAAAUCAGACAGAAACGUGUCAACCCAACACAUCUAUACAAAAAAACAGAAGUAGGAGUUUUUUAAGUUGUCAAGAUUCAUCACCCCACAUUGUUAACAAAAGUACAAAUGUAGACAUAUCAAAAAGUGGCUUAAACACAAAAACAAACAAAAGAAAAAGAUCAUCAUUCAGUUCAAUUCCAGAUGAACCUAGAAGGAAAACUCUAAGAAGCAUACAUUCUUCUCUAUUAAUUUUGGAUAAAAACCAGUUGUCAAGGAUAACAAAAUCUAACAAAAAUUUGAACUGUUCAAUGUUAAACAAGUCAAGAAAAACAUUCAGUCGGGUUCAAAAUACACAUGGAAGUUCACAUAUGGAUACCAUUUCAGCUAGAUCACUUUUACAGCAAACAAGUAACAGCAUGAAUCAGCUACCAUUAAAAAGUCAUUCUUCUUUGCAGCUUGGGGAGGAUUCAGAUUUAACAAACAAUUCCAGAAAUAUAAAUGACUCAUCUGUUGUUUCAAAUUUGUAUUUUAAUUUUAAUCCUGAAGAAACUAAAGGAAAAGAAUGUACCUGCAUAAGUUUAAAUUCAUCUCUAUUCAAUUCACAAACGAAAAAUUUGUCCAGAAUAAACAGGACUGAUUCAUUCGACCAAUCGUUAUCACCUAGAGAUAGACAUGAAACAGAAUUACCACGAUUAGAUACACUAGAAAAGUCAGUUGAUGAUCCAAAAGCAAAAUUACCUCAGAAGAGAAGUCAUUCAAGUUUAAGUCACUUAACUCCAGCUGAGAAAAAAGUUACACAAGCUAAUAAAACUUUGAAUGAUUCUCUAUUAAAAAGUUUUCAUUUUGCAAAAGGAGGUAAAAAACCUAUAAAACGUUUGAGAUCUUCAGAACCACUGAGAAAAACAAGUGUUAAGAAGAAUGGCACAUUUAAAAUAAUAUCCCCAAAGAAAUUGAGUUCUUCUGUUUUGUCAUCUAAUAAAGACCAGGUUCCAAGAACUUCACGGGCUAAUAAAACUAUGAGUGAUUCAUUAUUACGUAGUUCUCAUAUUAAAACAGGUGUUAAACAAUCUAUAAAAAAUGUGAAAACGUUAGUACCUGUGAGAAGAACAAGUGUUAAAAAGAAUGACUCAUUAAAAAAAAUAUCCCAUAAGAAAUUAAGUUCUUCUGUUUUACUAGCUAAUAAAAACCAUGUUUCAAGAAUUUCACGUGCUAAUAAAACUAUGAGUGAUUCAUUAUUAAGUUCUCAAAUUCAAGCAGCAGGUAGCAGCAUUGUCAAGCAACCUAUAAAAAACUUGAAAUCCAUAAAACCACUGAGUAGAACAAGUGUUAAGAAAAAAGGCUCAUUAAAAAAAAUAUCUCCUAAGAAAUUAAGUUCUUCUGUUUUAUCAUCUAAUAAAGACCAGGUUUCAAGAACUUCACGUGCUAAUAAAACUAUGAGUGAUUCAUUAUUAUGUGGUUCUCAAAAUAAAACAGCAGAUAGCCGCACUGUCAAGCAACCUAUAAAAAACUUGAAAUCAUUAGAACCAUUGAAAAGAAUGAGCGUUAAGAAAAAUGACUCACUAAAAAAAAUAUCUCCUAAGAAAUUAAGUUCUUCUGUUUUAUCAUCUGAUAAAAACCAGGUUUCAAGAACUUCACGUGCUAAUAAAACUAUGAGUGAUUCAUUAUUACGUUGUUCUCAAAUUAAAACAGCAGGAAGCAACAUUGUCAAGCAACCUAUAAAAAACUUGAAAUCGUUAGUACCACUGAUAAAAACAAGUGAUAAGAAAAAAGCCUCAUUAAAAAAAAUAUCUCCUAAGAAAUUAAGUUCUUCUAUUUUAUCAUCUAAUAAAAACCUGGUUUCAAAAACUUCACAUGCUAAUAAAACUAUGAGUAAUUCAUUAUUAUGUGGUUCUCAUACAGGCAGCAGCAUUAAGCAACCUAGAAAAAACUCGAAAUCGUUGGUACCCCUGAGAAGAACAAGUGUUAAGAAAAAUGCCUCUUUACUAAGAAAAUCUUCAAGAAAUUCUCAAAAUACAUCUGGAAGUUCAUCACCUGUAAAACCAUCAAAAAGCAAAACCAGUGUUAAUAAAAAUAAUAGCCUUUUUUUAAAAAGCCCAAUAUCUCCUUCAGCACUUGCCAAUGAUUCUAUUUCAUUAAUGAAAGAAAAAAAUUCACCUUCAAUUUCCAUGUCGACUAUUAAAAAUCCUAACUCGAGCAUGUUUUCUCCUCGUGAAACGUUCCAUUCAUUUAAAAAUGAAACCAAUGGUAGUAUGUCAAUUGAAAAAAUGAACAAAAGCUGCUCUACAGUAACUGAUUUCUCUCUGUGUUGUGGCGAUUCCUUUUUUGAUAAUUCUUCAUCUUCAACAGCAGGCAUAUCAAAAGGUGUGAAUCAGCAUUCUCAGAAAAAGUCACAAUUGCCCAAUCCAACAAAAAAUAUUGAUGAUUUGGCAAAACCCAGGAGGAAAUUACUUGCCAAUAAAAGUUUGAAUGAACUUUUAGAAUCAAGUGGUACUAAGUUUAAAAGAACAAUGCGACAAAACAAAACUUUAAAUGAAUCCAUUUUAAAACAACUUAUGCUGAAGGAAAGAAAAAGUCGAGUGGAGCAAAAUUCUUUAAACAGUGUGAUUGCAGAUGAGUCGUUAGUUAAAAAUAAAACCAAAGAUGCAUUUUUAAGAAAUUUUAAUUUGCCAUUAAAAAAGCAAAAAGGUAUGUACGAGUCCCUUCAGGAUUCCCUAAUUUCACUUGCAUCUUCAAAAAGUUAUACUUUUACACCAGACAGGGAUGAUAGAAGUUGCAGAAAAAGUACAGAGGCCUCAAUGGAGGCUGAUAAAAGUAUGAAAGCUGAUUGGUCACAAGAAAUUGAUAAAAAUAAGCACAUUACACCCAAUACUUCAACACUUCACUCUUUCUUACCUGACAAAGAGAACUUUAUAAAAAGCACAAAUUCUCAUCCAUUCAUUGAUAAUAAAAAACCUAAAACUCCAAAGCGUUCAACAAGUAAUGAAGAAAGGUACUCACUUAGAUCCAGCAAUUCAUAUGAAAAUGAUAGUGCUAUGACAAGACAAAAUUCCCCUAGUAAAACUAAGAAUGUUUUGAAUAAACCAAAAUUGGUCGUGUCCAAGGUAAAUUCAGAUUUAAGUUGGUCCAAAAAGCUCAACAGAAGUAAAAUACUGAAAGCGCAGCGUCCAAAUUAUGUAUACAGUCCUUCAAGAUUCAUUCACAAAAAACAAUAAAUAAAUGACAGUGGUUGUUAUUUUUACUUUUAUUAAAUAUGAAGAGUUGUUAUAUCAUGUUAAAAACUUUUGUAAACAUAAUUUCUAAUAGGUUAAUGAAUGUAUAGAUUUUGCAAAAUAUAUUUGUUGUCAUAUGUAA